AUGACAGGUGUUAUCAAAGAUGAAAAAAAGAAGAAGAAAUUCAAGGUGGUUUAUACCAAAUCAGAAGGCUCUGAUGAUGAUUCCUCAAAAAUAAUUGAAAAUGAUAAUCCUCUGGAGUUUGAUAAUCUGAUAGGUGAUAUAGAAGACUACCUCAAAGGUUCCAUUGAGUCUCAAAACACACAAAACGGUUCUCUGCCUCCAGUUUUGAAGUUUAACAAAAAUUGGACUUUAUCGGUGACUGAAUUAUCCUCACAGCUUUGGUGCGAAAAGCAACUUGAGUUAACAUUAUUGACAGGCCGCAAAAGGGUUACAGAAGAGAUGUUAAAAGGUAUUGAACGACAUGAAGAACUGGAAUUGGAAGACCAUGAUAUUGUAGAAGUGGAAGUUGGGACUAACGAGGACAAUUUGGGAAUAAGAAUGUUAAACUCAAUCAACCUAAUAGAGCAACUUAUGUCAGAAGGUAAAUGCAGGGAACUGUGGGUCUUCUGGAACUUAGGUAGUUAUACAUUCUGCGGGAUCAUUGAUCAACUGACAAUAACUAAAGAUAGGUCGACAAAGGAGAAAAAGGUAGUAAUAUCAGAUACCAAAACAAGAAAGAGUAAGAAGCCGCCUUCAGUCCAACAGGUACAGGGUGCAUCACUUCAAGUCCAGGUUUACUGUAUUAUGUUGGAAGAUACAAAGAAAGGAGUGGUAAAUUUUGAAAAGUUAUAUGACUCGUUCAACUGUGAUAAGUAUGCAGAAUUUACCACUCCAGAAUUGGUAAAGGAAAAAUGCCUCUAUGAAUUGGAAAAGAAAUAUUUAAAAGCAUUCCAAAAACUCCCCAAAAUUUCAAGCGAAAUGAACCUGGAGUAUGAAUACGAAGGAGAGAUUUUCUCGAAUUCCGUAAUAAAUUUAAACAGAGAUAACGCUGUAAUGACAGUAGGUUACCUUUGCAACUUCUGGGAUGGAUCGAGAGAAGCCGAUUACGUUGGUGUAAGUUGUUGA